AGACAUUGCGCAUGCGUCAUAUCGUCCGUAGGUGUUCAGCAUGGCUACGAUUAUUAGCAAGAAAAGAAAGUUUGUUGCUGACGGCGUGUUCAAGGCAGAACUGAAUACUUUCCUUAUGCGCGAGCUGGCGGAGGAUGGAUACAGCGGUGUGGAGGUACGAGUCACGCCAACUAGGACAGAAAUUAUAAUCCUCGCAACUCGCACGCAAAACGUCUUGGGAGAGAAAGGUCGACGAAUCCGGGAGCUGACCGCCGUCGUUCAGAAGCGAUUUAGCUUUCCGGAAGGAACGGUGGAGCUGUACGCGGAGAAGGUUGCGACACGUGGUUUGUGUGCCAUAGCUCAGUGUGAAUCGCUGAGAUACAAGCUGCUGGGAGGAUUGGCAGUCAGAAGAGCUUGCUAUGGUGUGUUGCGAUUUGUAAUGGAGAGUGGUGCACGUGGUUGCGAGAUUAUCGUCUCUGGAAAGCUUCGAGGACAACGAGCAAAGUCCAUGAAGUUUGUGGACGGUCUAAUGAUCCACAGUGGACAACCCCGCACCGAUUACGUGGACCAAGCCGUCAGACACAUCGUGCUUCGGCAAGGUGUGUUGGGCAUCAAGGUAAAGAUCAUGUUGCCGUGGGAUCCAACCGGCAAGACGGGUCCGAAGAAACCACUGCCCGAUAAUGUUGCAAUUGCUAAUCCGAAAGAGGAGGUAUUACCACAAGGACCCGGCUCAGAGCACAAGGGACAAUCUAAAUUAGACGCAAGCUACUAGUGUUUGCUAGAAACUGGUUUUCCAAUAGAGAGAUUGAAAAUAAAGUGGAAAUUUGUUCGUGUCA